AUGCAGAACAAUCGCUCUCGUGCGCCCCCCAAGCGGAGACGUUCUGAUGGUUCUAAAGUAAUCGAUGCUGACGCGGAAGAGGAGGACGACUUUGAGGCAGAUAUCUGCGGUGGUGUUGUGGUCUCUACCGGUCGUGACUUCUCUUGUCGUGUGUGGUGCGAGUCUGAGGAACUUUUGGUGCUCGAAGAGGAAGCAGAGCUGGCUCGUGAGGUAGCGGAGGAUGAGCAAGAGCUCGUCCGCUCUGAGGCCAUCGUACCGGGAGCUGUCACUCCCGAGGCUGGUGAAACUGGACCUCUGGGUCGUCCCACCGUCACUACUCGUAAUGCUGCGGAUUCAUUGAUGGAGGCAAUAGACAUAUAUACCAGACAAACGCAGAGUGGAAAUGAAUUGGAACCACCGCAUCCGCUGAUGGUGGCGUAUGGUGUACCCGACGAUCCCGACCGCUUUCUUUUCACCAUAUUCUCCUCUCUUCGAUUACCUGCAAGCGGUGGUGUGUCCGGUCUAGAACAUGCACUGGGUUGUAUGCAUAGUGACCACGUAAUUCGUCUUCUUCCUCGUUUGGCUGCAUGGAUGAAGCGUGGAUGGGACACGGAACUGUGCGGUCGCGCCCUUCGCUAUCUCUGCACCCUCCAUGCCGCCCUCGUGACUACUGAUACAAAUCUAACCUCAACUCUUGCUGCUGUUGUAUCUGCCAGACAGUCACAUCUCUCACAAACCAAAAGAAUGCUUGGGAUGAAUCUGGCAGCGCUUGAUCUCUUGCAACGGAAGAUUGAGGAGGAGAACCAGAUUUCUGUGUUUGAGGAGGCUACCUCAAGACGUGUGAAGCGCAUAAAGAAAAUCAAGGAAAGGAUCGCGAAGCGAGCGGCCGUUCCUACUGGUUAG